GCCUCCUCCGCUUCUUCGCUCCGCGUCGCAGCCUUGGGCGCACAGGGCGCAAGUCACCUCUCUUGUGCGACAGCAGAGGGGGUUCUUGGGGGACCCGGGGACGCGAGCGGCCGUGGACAGCGCGCGGAGGGGACAGCCCGGCCCUCACCCUCACCCGCACCCUGCACCCGGCACUCCGCACCCCGCUCUCUGCAACCCGGAUCUCGCCGCCGCUCACGCUGCCUCUCGCUCUCCCGCCCGCAGCUGCUCCUGACCAUGUCCGCCGAGCCCACGAACGGCCCCACGGAGGACCAGGUGGAGAUCCUGGAGUACAACUUCAACAAGGUCAACAAGCACCCGGACCCCACCACGCUAUGCCUCAUCGCAGCCGAGGCCGGCCUCACGGAGGAGGAGACGCAGAAAUGGUUUAAGGAGCGCCUGGCCCAGUGGCGGCAGUCAGAGGGGCUGCCUUCGGAGUGCAGAUCCGUCACAGACUGAGAGCAAGGAUGUGGUGGGCGGCCAGGCAGGCCUGCUCCUGCUCCAGGAAGACCACCUGCUGCUCCUCUCAUCUUUGCCAGGCUGUUUGAUUUCUCCAUGUAGUGUGUGUUCCGAGUUAGGUGUCCUGCUACUUAACAGGCUGUUGUAUUUUUUUAAUGUACAUAACUAGAAACUAACAACAGGAGGCUGAGCACAGGCUCUGUGC